AUGGCAGAUUACUCUAAGUUUUUUGAUCCUCUUUCUUUAAUCCUGGACCUAGAUGAAAAAAUUCAAGAAAAUGAGGCAGUUCAUGAUAGUUCAGAUCAUUCAAGUCAACCUUCAACUUCACAAAAUAAGACUUCAUUUCCAGAAAUAGUGAUCUCAAUUUUGCAAACAGACCAAACUAUUUGUCAAGCAUGCCAUAUCAACAAGUGGAAAUAUAAGUGUCCAAAAUGUGAAUUUCAUUCAUGCUCUUUACUAUGUUCAAAAUUACAUAAAGAAACAUAUAAUUGUAAUGGCAUAAGGUCUAAAACCACUUAUAUACCAAUGCCUGAAUAUGGAUAUAAAGAAUUGAUGAGUGAUUAUGUUUUUCUCGAAGAUGUAUCACGUGCAGUGGAUUCAGCGCACCCUCUCAUAGAAAGAGCGCAAUUCAGUCAUAAUAAACCUGUUUACGAGCCCGGGUAUUAUGAGUAUAAUGACUGCAAAGAUUUUAAGGGAAGUUUCUUAGAAUACUUUCUACGAGAAUCGGAAAUGGUACAUGCAAAAGUGAGAAGAUAUCAAAGCCCUGAUGAAUAUCCCUUUACUGAACUGAAAAAUCUUCCCAAACCAAUCAUUCCCCGUCUUGAAUACCCGCCAAUUCUUAAGCCCAAUAACAUUAAUGUCAACCCGAAAAUAAUGGAUUUUUAUGUUAAUCAAAUUGUCCCCUCGUUGUGUGCCAUGGGUGAUGAUAAAAAUUAUGGUUCGGUUGCAACGCGAGAUGUUACGUGUCUUCAAGCAAUAUCUCAGAGAAUUCACUAUGGGAAGUUUGUUGCCGAAGCAAAAUUCCGGGAUCCUAACAAUAAAUCAACUUAUAAAGAAUAUAUAAAAUCUCGCGAUCGCAAAGCCAUUGAAGAGUUAUUAACAAACAAAGAUGUAGAAGCAAAGUUGCUAAAACGUCUUAAACGUAAAGCUCUCAUUUAUGGUCAAGAUAUAACUGAUGAUUUUAAAUUAGAUCCGGAACAUACUUCAAAACAUUUAAAAAUCGAUGUGGAUUUAGUGGUUCAAAUGUAUGAAAAAUUUGUAAUUCCUUUAACAAAGGAAGUUGAGGUUGAUUAUCUUUUAGAAAGACCCCUUGACGACUGA